AUGCCAAAAAACACAUUAUACGUGACUGGUUUCACAAGAGAGUCCAAGGCUGUCGAUUUAGCGCCUGAGUUUGAGAAAUAUGGUGAUUUAGUAAGAUUAGACAUCCCCCCACCAAGAACUACAGAUGGUGAAAAAUUUGCUUUUGUCGAGUAUAAGGAUGCCGAAAGUUGUGAACGUGCUUUGGAUAUGGAUGGUAAGGAAUUCCCUUUCACCCUUCGCACUGGGUUAGUUGUUCAAGUUGCCAAAUCAGAUCCUUAUGGUGCUAGAGAUAGAGGCGGAUUUAGAGGUAGAGGUGGAUAUGGCUAUGGUGGAGGUGGCCCAGGUUAUGGCCGAGGCGGAUACGGCCGUGGAAGAGACGGUUAUGGUGGCGGAUACGGUGGUGGUAGAGGAUAUGACGAUGGAUACGGAAGAGGAUAUGGUGGUUUUGGUGGAGAUAGAAGAGGUGGUUACGGAGACAGAAGGGGCGGUUAUGGUGGCUACGGUGGCGGUAGAGGCUAUGAUGAUGGAUAUGGAAGAAGAGGCGGAGGAUUCUCUAGCAGAGGUGGAAGAGGUGGAUAUGGUGAUUACAGAGGAAGUCGUGACCGUAGCCGUGAACCAAAUGAUGGAUUCAGAGGAGGAUCAGAUCGUGGUUUCGGUGGUGGUGGACGUUUUGAAGAUAGAGAGUAUAGAGGAGGCAACGACAGAUACGAACGUGAACCUAGAGGAGAAGAAAGAGGACAUAGCAGGUCUCCAUCUAGAUCGCCAGUCAGAAGAGACAGAUCCAGAUCGCCAGGCUUUUAA